AUGUCGUCACCAUUCUCAAUAAACGGUGGCGCCUGCGUGGCCAUGGUGGGUAAGGACUGCGUGGCCAUCGCAUGCGACCUGCGUCUCGGCAUGCAAGCCCUCACCGUGUCCAACAACUUUCCCAAGAUCUUCCAGUACGGCGACGUCUUCCUAGGUCUGACCGGCCUCGCCACCGACGUAUCCACCGUAUCAGACCUGUUCCGCUACAAGGUCAACAUGUACCGCCUCCGCGAAGAGCGCAACAUCAGCCCCCAGACCAUGGCGAACCUCGUCAGCUCAAGUUUGUACGAGAAGCGCUUCGGACCCUACUUCAUCAGUCCCGUAAUCGCCGGUAUCAACCAGACAAGCGGGAAGCCCUUCAUCUGCGGCUUCGACAGUAUUGGGUGCAUCGACUUUGCGAAGGAUUUCAUUGUUAGCGGAACAGCCAGCGAUCAGCUGUUCGGUACAUGUGAGGGACUGUGGGAGCCUGAUCUAGGCCCCGAGGACCUCUUCGAGACAAUCUCACAGGCGCUGCUCAACGCUGUCGACCGAGACGCACUUUCAGGCUGGGGCGCACACGUAUACAUUAUUGAGAAGGACAAGGUCACAAAGCGGUUACUCAAGGGCAGGCAGGACUGA